AUGCAACCUCAUGAGGGUACCCUGCAGCCCAUUCAUGUCACUUCAUCCCUGAUGCACGACGUGAAGGAGGCAGCAAAGACGGACGACCUUGCCCACUCGAUCAAUUACUCUGAUCUUGCCAAGGAGUUAAUCAGAAAUGAACCGGUGUUCGCGUCUCUUGAGGAAUUAUCCUUGCACACGUACGAUGCAUUCUCGCAAAAGAAUUCUUUGCUUGAUAAACACCGUGGCAAGGUAUCUGAACUGGGGAUAUGUGUCAUUCAGCUUGGGCCCCCUUUGCACUGUGCCCACGUUGGUGUUGAGUCGGCUGCGACGUUCAAUGAGGAUAUGUGGACUAUUAUGUGUGUCAGGCAUUUUGUGGACAAGCUGACUUGUCAUGUGAUCAUUGGAGUCAAUCCUGCGGAGAGGUUGGAGAAGCAGGACGCGGUAUCGUCCAUGUCUAUAGAUAGCAGGAAAGAUGGUCUACAGAAGGAGCAGUGGAUUGACUUUCGGACUAUCACAAGGACUUUCACGUCGAGCCUUUUCACUAUAGAGGCGCUUGCCUCCUCAGUCGCCCACAAAACUCUGUUGACCUCGUCAUCUUGUGAGUCUGUCGUCUUCCAAGGAUGA